AUGCAACGAACAACCACCACACGAAUCAAACCCAGCCACACUGAACGGGCCCCAGCGCUGCUCAACCUCGUCCUCAAACCAAAGAUAAAAACCGAUGCGCAAAUUCACUCAAGCAUCGUUCUCUCCCGCCACAGCCUCCCACCAUGCCGCGGUUUAAUCGCCUAUGGCCUGCGACCUGACCGCUCCACGGUCGGCCGCAUCCUGAAGAAUGCCGAGCGUUGGGCUCUGGUCGAACCCACUGCCGCCAAUCAAGUGCGCUGUCGAGGUGGCGCAUGGCCUGAGCUUGAGCAGGCCAUGGCGCGCUGGAUCGCUAACGCUGGCCCCGCGGGCGUACCACUCACUCUGCAGACGAUCCGCGACCACGUGGCGACCAUGGCGCGCAACAUGGGCAUUCCGCCCGUGUUCCGUUGCUCCAUUGGCUGGGUUCGCCGUGCGUUGCGGCGCCAGGGAGUGCGAUGCCGUGCCGCCACCGGCGAGGCGGCGAGCGCCGACAUGGCUGCUGUGCGUGAAGCGCGUGAGAAGGUGCCGCAACUUCUUACUCACCUCGGCUACAAGCCGCGCGACACCUUCAAUCUUGACGAGACCGCGCUGUGGCUCUCUGUGCUGCCUCGGAAAACAUAUAGCAACGCGCGGCUUCCCGGACGCAAGGUCUCAAAGGACCGGCUUACCGUGGCGUUUCUCGUUAACGCCGACGGGAGCCAUGUUUUCCGGCCGUUAGUCAUCAGCAAGGCGCGCCGUCCGCAUGACUUCCGGCCGGACUACGACCCCGAAGCCGUUUGCUACUGGCGGCACAACGCAAAGGGCUGGAUGACCAGCCCGCUCAAUGCCGCGAUGUAUGCCGAAGGGCGGCACAUCGCGGUGCUGCUCGACAAUGCAAGCUCCCAUAUGCUGCGGGACGAGUGCGCGUGGAGCGAAAUCGUCUGCGGCAUGAGGACCACCUGCCUCAGCAACGUGCGCCUCAUCUUCCUGCCGCCGAACACGACCGCCUUCACGCAGCCCCUCGACCAGGGCAUAAUCGCGACCGCGAAGGCCCGCUACCGCCAGCACUGGUGCUGGUGGCGCACGGGCUGCCUGCCUCUGUCGUGGUCCAUGGAGCUCACGCAUGUGCAUGAUGAUGAGCCGACCCCCCAUGCUUACCCCGACAUUGAGCUCGACGACGACAUCGACGACGUCGGCGAGCUCAUAAGCGGGCUCGGCCUCGGCACCGGCGCAAUGACCGCCGCCGAGUAUGUCGCCAUCGACGAGGGCGAGCCGACAUGCGCGGAGCCGGGGGCGGACCCGACUCCUGACGAUGCGGACGUGGGCCUGAUCGCGGAGCUAUGGAGGGCGCCGACCACGAUGCAGGCGGUCUAUGACGACUCGGACCCCGUGGGCCGUGAAGCGCGGCGCACAGCACGGGCGGCCUGCGAGAUGCUCAUCGGCUAUGCUCGCGCCGUGAGCGUGACCCCGUGCGACCUUUGCCACCUCUUCGACAUUCGUAACCCCAUCAUCAUCGAGCGCAUGGAGCGGGCAAGCCCCGCGCUCAAUCUCAACACGGCCCCGCCGCCCAUGCUUUCGCCGGCCGUAACUCCGACGCCAGGCACCCCGCGUCCGCGGGGCCGAGUGCUGCCUGGCUGGAUGACCCAGCCGUCCCGCCGUCAGCAGCUUCUGGACGGCGGGGUUGGCGCCGCGAUGGGCGGGUACGUGGAGGCGGCUGAGUGGAUGCAGGUGUGA